AUGAAAAGCUGCAUUUCCGUGUUUAUCGCUCUGUUCGCUGCCAGCAGUAUUUUGUUGGAUGUCUCGAGCAAAUGGCAUAGCAGGAGAAGCUUUGCAUUUACAAAGUUCAGAGGCUUUUCCUGGGAAAACUGUGGAAAGCCAGACGACCCUACAUAUGUGCAGACUCUUCAUGUGUAUCCAAACCCAAUUCCUUCACCGGGAUGUGUGAACUUGACACUGGAAAGAGAAGUUGCUGGUGUAUGGAUAAAAGUACCUUGUGUUGAUGACUUAGGAAGUUGUUAUUAUCCUGAUGCCUGUGUGCGGCUGACCCAGCUCUUUAUGACAAUCCCGGAGCUCUGUCCUGAACCUAAACGUUCAUCUAGCGUCCCCUGUGGCUGCCCGCUCAGAGCUAUAACUGGAGAGCUGAUCUAG